AAACUUUUUUAUUUAUAAAGACAAAAUAAUAAUAGUCCGAUAAAUACCUUUGAAAUCCCACAUAAUUAGAUUUUCAAUAAAACAUAUUCCUCUAGUACGUAAUAAAUUCAAAGAAAGUAUUAAAUAAAUAUAAGAUUCAUAUUCUAAAGUAUUAGAUGCGGUUACAACAAAUAAAUGCUUUAAGCUCCCUAAUAGAGGAAUUAAAUUGAAUCAAAUAAAAAAAAGACUUGUAGAAUGGGUUGAAAGAGAUGAAAAAUUAAGUGGGACAGGUCAAAUUUCUGGUUCUCGUUAUUUAGAUGAUAUUAAAUUUGAAAAUUAAGUUAAAGAAUUUUCAAGUAAAAAUAUAAGAAAAAUAUAAAUUCAAAAGUCAAUAUUUUUAAAAAUAGAGGAUUUUUCAUAUCAUAAUUGUUAAUAUAAUGAUUUUUCUCCCUCAGUAAGAUAAAUGGAAGCUGAAUUAAUAAAAAUAACAUGCUCUCUGUUUGGCUCAGAUGAUGGAUAUGGAAUAAUGACUGGAGGAGGUACAGAAAGUUUACUUCUAAGUGUUUUAGCUCAUAGAAAUUAUGCUUUAAAAUAUAAGAAUAUUACCAAACCUAAUUUAAUUAUCCCAGUUACUGCUCACCCUGGAGUUGUUAAAGCUUGUAAAUAUUUUAAUGUUGAAUGUAUAAAAUUACCUGUUGAUGAAAAUGAUUAAAUUUCUUUAAAUUAAUUACAAAAAACAAUUAAUAAAAACACAAUUAUGUUACUAGGAUCUUUCCCUAAUUUUCCUCAUGGAAAUAUAGAUCCUAUAUAAGAAAUGGCAUAAAUAGCUAAAUAAAAGGACAUAGGAAUGCACGUUGAUUGCUGUUUAGGAGGUUUUGUAGCCGCUUUUGCCAAAGAUUCAGGUUUAUAAUUACCACCUUUUGAUUUUACAGUUGAAGGAGUGACCUCUAUAAGUUGUGAUCAUCACAAAUAUGGACUUACUCCAAAAGGAGUAUCAAUAAUAAUGUUUAAAAAUAAUCUAUUAAGAUAAUUUUGUUACACUUCAGUCAGUGAUUGGCCAGGUGGUCUCUACGCAGUUCCAAGUAUAUCAGGUUAUAGGACAGGAACUUAAAUAUCUGGUGCAUGGUACGUAAUGAUGGUAACAGGAAAAGAAGGUUACAUUAAUAAUUCUAAACAUAUUUGGUAAGCAGUUUAGGAUAUCGUAAAUUAUAUUAAAACAACUCCUGAAUUAUAAGAGUUAGACGUUAUUGGAAAUCCUUAAAUUUGCGCAAUAGGAAUUAUUUAUAAAGCAGGUACUGGAAGAAAUAUUUAUCAUUUGGAAGGAGCUAUGUCAAAAAAAGGAUGGCAUUUAUCAGGAGGAUAACUUCCGCCUGCUAUUUAGAUUUCUAUUAACAAUGGAAUAGCUAAUAGAACUAAAUAAUUUUGCAAAGAUCUUAAAAAAUCAGUUAUUGAAGUGUAAGAAAACCCUGAUUAAUUUAAGAAUAGUUCAAGUGCAUCUAUGUAUGGGGCUUCAGUGAAGGUUCCUGAUCAAAAUUUACUUGAAUUUGUACUAGAUAUUGUUGUUGAUUGUUUUUUAAAACUUUGA